AUGGGAAAGAGACUUGAAGAUCAAAAGGAAAUCGCAAGGCAGGCAGAACGUGCAAGACGAGCGGAACGCACAAGACAAGAAAUGCCCUUCAUACACCGGGCACCCAUAAGACAGGAAGAACUCAGCAAUGAAAACGUACCUAUAAGGAAACAACCCAGCGCACCUAAAGAAUCCCCGAGCCAGGGUGUAGCUCAAAGAUAUGUAGGUCGCCAACUUGAUUUGGAAGAGAGAGGUGGAAGAAGGGAAGGGGGCUAUAGAAGCCAGACGGGACAUUCAAGCCAGGCAGAGCUUGCAAGACAAAUAGAGCAUACAAAGGAAGGCGAACACAGAAGACCAACACAAGACACAAAACAGGGAGUAGCCAUGAGAGAGAGAGAAAGUCACGAGAACGAGGAUGAGAAUGCGAGUGAUAGAAUCCAGAAACAGCUUGAACAAGAAUACAUCGCGGAAGAAACACAUCGAAAAAAUAGACAUGAAAGGGAAAGACCGAGGUUCAGAUACUGA